AUGAGAGAUUUUGCGGUUGCUUUGUCAUGCUACAAAAGCAACUGUCCCUUUUUUCUCUAUCUGUCAUCAUCUCAAGUCUCAACCUUUGCCCACUACUAUUAACCUUUGUAUCCACUACUACUCCACGUUCACAUUUGCUUCCUCGUUUCAUUUUGCUGUUAUAUAAAUACCCUCAUUAAGUUUACAUGGCAUCACAAACACCUACGUUACGUAACAAACACCAAAGUUACAAUUGCAACCAUGCUCUGCUUUAACUCUAUCUAACUCCAAUCUGCGUUUUCUUUUCUGAUAUAUUCAUAUUUUUAAUCUUGACUCUGAAUUGAUUAGCCAUUUUUCUGUGUCCCUUUGCCUUUAUAGAACUCGAUUCGGGUUCUCAUUUCAUCCUUUUGCCUAUCACUAUAUGUUAAUGAUAUAGAACUUUUAGCCAAAGGUUGGGAAUUCACAAUGUCUUGUUCUAAUUAUGCUAGAAGCUGUACCUUCUUUUAUCUGUUUCUUGCAGUGCUUCUUGCAAAAACUAGCUCUUGCUUCUCUGCCAAGGUGUAUGUAGUGUACAUGGGAAGCAAAACUGGGGAGGACCCAGAUGAUAUUCUGAAGCACAAUCAUCAAAUGCUUGCAUCUGUUCACAGUGGAAGUAUUGAGCAAGCCCAAGCUUCCCAUGUUUAUAGCUACAAACAUGCUUUUAGAGGUUUUGCAGCCAAGUUGACUAAUGAACAGGCUUACCAAAUUUCCAAAAUGCCAGGGGUGGUAUCUGUUUUUCCCAAUGCUAAAAGAAAGCUUCACACCACUCAUUCAUGGGAUUUCAUAGGACUUUUGGGCAAUGAAUCAAUGGAGAUUCAUGGGCACUCCACCAAAAACCAAGAAAAUAUAAUCAUUGGUUUCAUUGAUACGGGAAUUUGGCCUGAAUCCUCAAGUUUUAGUGACACCGACAUGCCCCCGGUGCCCCGGGGAUGGAAAGGCCAUUGUCAAUUAGGAGAAGCAUUCAAUGCUUCAUCAUGCAACAGGAAAGUGAUAGGAGCAAGAUACUACAUCAGUGGACAUGAAGCAGAAGAAGAGUCAGACAGAGAAGUCUCUUUCAUAUCUGCCAGAGAUAGCUCAGGUCAUGGUAGCCACACAGCUUCCACGGCCGCAGGACGCUACGUGGCAAACAUGAAUUACAAGGGUCUAGCAGCUGGAGGAGCAAGGGGAGGUGCACCAAAGGCUAGAAUUGCGGUGUACAAAGUAUGCUGGGACUCAGGUUGCUAUGAUGUGGACUUGUUAGCUGCAUUUGAUGAUGCCAUAAGAGAUGGUGUUCACAUUAUAUCUUUGUCUCUUGGUCCUGAAUCUCCCCAAGGUGACUAUUUCAGUGAUGCCGUAUCUGUGGCAUCAUUCCAUGCUGCUAAACAUAGAGUGCUGGUGGUAGCAUCAGUUGGAAAUCAAGGAAAUCCUGGUUCUGCGACGAACGUUGCACCGUGGAUUAUCACAGUUGCUGCUAGCUCAAUAGAUAGGAACUUCACCUCUGAUAUCACACUAGGGAAUGGUGUUAACAUCACGGGUGAGAGUCUCAGCCUCUUAGGAAUGGAUGCAUCUAGAAGAUUGAUUGAUGCAUCUGAAGCCUUUUCUGGAUAUUUCACUCCUUAUCAAUCCAGUUACUGUGUGGAUAGUUCCCUGAAUAAGACCAAGGCCAAAGGGAAGGUUCUUGUGUGUCGACAUGCAGAGUAUUCAGGGGAGUCAAAGUUGGAAAAGAGUAAGAUAGUGAAGAAGGCAGGUGGUGUUGGGAUGAUACUCAUUGAUGAAGCAAAUCAAGGUGUUUCCACCCCAUUUGUGAUACCUUCAGCUGUUGUUGGAACAAAAACAGGAGAACGAAUUCUAUCCUAUAUCAAUAGCACACGUAUGCCUAUGUCAAGGAUUUCCAAAGCCAAGACAGUGCUAGGAGUCCAGCCGGCACCCCGUGUAGCAGCAUUUUCUUCGAAAGGACCCAAUGCAUUAACCCCAGAAAUUUUGAAGCCUGAUGUUACAGCUCCCGGAUUAAACAUCCUUGCAGCAUGGUCUCCAGCCUCAGCUGGAAUGAAGUUCAAUAUUAUAUCAGGAACUUCUAUGUCUUGUCCUCACAUAACUGGAAUUGCAACCUUGGUCAAAGCUGUGCAUCCUUCAUGGUCUCCGUCUGCUAUCAAAUCUGCCAUCAUGACAACUGCAACAAUUUUGGAUAAGCACCACCAACCCAUUAGAGCGGAUCCUGAUAGAAGACGGGCUAAUGCUUUUGAUUAUGGAUCAGGGUUUGUGAACCCUUCAAGAGUUCUGGAUCCUGGUCUCGUCUACGAUUCACAUCCAGAAGAUUUUGUUGCAUUCUUAUGUUCACUUGGUUAUGACGAGAGGUCACUCCACCUUGUCACAGGAGACAACAGCACAUGUGAUAGGGCAUUCAAAACACCAUCUGACCUCAACUAUCCAUCUAUUGCAGUGCCAAAUCUUGAAGACAACUUUUCAGUAACUCGAGUUGUGACUAAUGUCGGAAAAGCAAGAAGUAUAUAUAAAGCUGUAGUGGUGUCUCCUGCUGGAGUUAAUGUUACUGUUGUGCCAAAUCGGUUAGUUUUCACAAGAAUAGGAGAGAAGAUCAAGUUCACUGUGAAUUUCAAAGUUGUUGCUCCCUCAAAGGAUUAUGCAUUUGGGUUCUUGUCAUGGAAGAAUGGAAGAACACAGGUCACGAGUCCUUUAGUGAUCAAGGUUGCACCAGCAAGUCAUGGGUUGGUGAGAUAGCAAUGCUUGUAAUUAUGUAUAUAGCUUAGGAGAUGUGAGAUCCCUGUAGUCACUAAGACUAGAACAACCCUGUCUUAGUUCAAAUCCGAAUGCACAUCAACUUCCAAACUUACGUUUUAGUUAUAUGCUUGAGACACCCGGGGAUAUCAAACACAGAAUUGAAUAAAUGAUAUCUUGAUGCCCUGAACAGGCUGAACGCAUUCAUAGAUUCAUUAUCACUAUUUGUCAGUUAUCACUUAUCAUUACAGAAUUUUCUUAUGUAGGUUAGUCAGCACUUGCCAUGCAUAAGUUUAGUGUUGUCUUUUUCCACAGAAAUAGGAUGUUAAGAAAGUAUGGUCAUCGUGUUAAUAUU